GUGAAUAAUGGGCAGUUAAAUACUUAUUUGUUAGUAAAUACUGGAUCAUUUGUAAGGUAAGUGAAUAGUAUACUUACGGUUGAACAUGGCAGAUUUCAUCCAGUUACAUCCGGGUAAAACAUAUCGAAAAAGACGGAAUGUUAGCCCUAGUCAGUCAAAACGUUUGUUAAGGUUUGAUUCAGAAAGUGCAGACUUCUUAUGUUCCGAGUUUCUGCCAGAAAAUAAUGAACGCAGAGGCGGAGCACUAUCUGCAAGAACAAAAAUGGAGACAUUUCUACGCUAUCUAGGCGAUCCAGGGUUUCAGAGCGGAGUAGCAGAAGAGUAUGGGAUUCACCGCACUAUACCCUGCAAAACGAUAAGUUGGGUUCUUAAUAAAGUGUAUCAGAAGGCUGAUCACUGGAUUACUUCUCUAACAACUGUUGCUAAACUAAAGUUGUAAAAAUUAAAUAUCAAUCACGUUUCACAAUUCCUACUGUGAUCGGUGCGUUGGAUUGCACUCACAAGAUUUGCUGACGAGUUCGUAAAUCGCAAAGGCUAUAUAAGUAUAUAAAUAUACAAGCUACGUGUGAUGCUACCGAAAAAUUUACAAGAUGCGCAGUGGCGGGGAAGUGUACACGAUGGCAGGGUUUGGAGGCGAAGUACACUAAGUGAAGUAUUAUCACAGUUUAAGGGAUCUUUUUGUCUCCUUGGUGAUUCUGGAUAUGGAAUAUCACCAUGGCUCUUGACUCCAUUGAGACCUACAAUAAACAAACAACAAGAGGUUUAACCUGUUACAUUCGCGGGAACGGGUGACAAUAGAAAGACUAUUCGGACAACUGACAAUGCGC